CAUUAACACAGUUUCGUUUCGUCACUGUCUUUGAAAACUUAAAGAAACGAAAAAAGAUGAAGUAAUUUUUGAAAAAAGAUUCUAAGUAAAGAAACCGUUAGCCGGCGAUGAGAAGGCAGCGGCCAUCGGUAGCCACCACCGCGGCGUCACCGUCGCUUGAGGUGUAUAAUAUCAUUCCGAUUCAUGAUUUCUUAACGGAGCAUCCGUCGCUGCGUUACCCGGAGGUUAGAGCGGCGGCGGCGGCGCUUAGAAUAGUUGGAGACCUUCCCAAACCUCCGUUUGUUGAUUUCACAACUCGCAUGGACUUGAUGGACUGGCUUGGUCUUCUAUUUGGUUUUCAAAUCGACAACGUUCGGAACCAGCGAGAGAAUCUCGUCCUCCACUUGGCUAACUCUCAAAUGCGACUUCAACCGCCGCCGCUUCAUCCCGACGGUCUCGAUCCCACUGUUCUCCGUCGAUUUCGCAAGAAGCUUCUCCGGAACUACACGAAUUGGUGUUCCUUCCUCGGAGUGAGGUGCCACGUCACCAGCCCUACCCAGAGCCGUCAUCAAACUAAUGUUGUUUUGAAUCUCCGCCGUGAGCUUCUCUAUGUAGCUCUCUAUCUCUUGAUUUGGGGAGAAUCUGCGAAUCUCAGGUUCAUGCCUGAGUGUCUGUGUUACAUUUUCCACCACAUGGCUAUGGAGCUCAACAAAGUCCUCGACGGAGAGUUUGAUGAUAUGACCGGAAUGCCUUACUGGCCUUCCUUCUCCGGUGAUUGUGCCUUCCUCAAGAGUGUGGUCAUGCCGAUUUAUAAGACGGUUAAGACGGAGGUUGAGAGUAGCAACAAUGGGACGAAGCCACACUCUGCUUGGAGAAACUACGACGACAUCAAUGAGUACUUUUGGAGUAAGAGAGCCUUGAAGAGCCUUAAAUGGCCUCUUGAUUAUUCCAGUAAUUUCUUCGAUACGACACCUAAAAGCAGUAGAGUUGGGAAGACUGGUUUUGUCGAGCAAAGAUCAUUUUGGAAUGUCUAUAGAAGCUUUGAUCGGUUAUGGAUUCUAUUGCUUCUCUACUUGCAGGCAGCUAUUAUUGUGGCUACCAGUGAUGUUCGGUUUCCUUGGCAAGAUCCUGAUGUAAAGGUUGCAUUGUUGACUGUUUUCAUUACAUGGGCGGGCUUGAGGUUGCUCCAAUCUGUGCUCGAUGCUAGUACUCAGUACAGUUUGGUGAGCAAAGAAACUGUCUGGCUUUUCAUCAGAUUAAUUUUGAAGUUCGUUGUGGCUGUGGCAUGGACAGUUUUGUUUUCGGUCUUCUAUGCAAGGAUUUGGAGCCAGAAAAUUAAGGAUGGUAGGUGGUCUGAUGCUGCAAACGAUAGGAUUAUCGUGUUUCUCAAGGUAGUAUUCGUGUAUGUUAUGCCUGAGUUAUUGGCUCUUGUACUCUUUAUUGUUCCUUGGGUAAGAAACUGGAUCGAGGAGCUGAAUCUGGGAGUUGUAUACUUUCUGACAUGGUGGUUCUAUAGCAAGACUUUUGUUGGUCGUGGGAUGAGGGAAGGCCUGGUGGACAAUUUCAAAUAUACAGUCUUUUGGAUUGUUGUAUUGGCCUCUAAAUUCAUAUUCAGUUACUACUUACAAAUUAAGCCUCUUAUUGCUCCGACCAGGGCACUACUGAACCUUAAGAAUGCGACCUACAAUUGGCAUGAGUUUUUUGGCAGCACUCACAGGAUAGCAGUAGGGAUGCUCUGGCUCCCUGUGAUUUUGGUUUACCUGAUGGAUUUGCAAAUUUGGUACUCGAUCUACUCAUCCCUUGUAGGUGCAACAAUUGGUCUGUUUUCUCACUUGGGGGAGAUCCGAAACAUUGAUCAGUUGAGACUUAGAUUUCAGUUUUUCUCAAGUGCUAUGCAGUUUAACCUUAAACCUGAAGAGCAUCUUCUGAGCCCUAAAGCAACAAUGCUAAAGAAGGCUCGUGAUGCUAUACACCGGCUGAAAUUGCGCUAUGGAAUUGGUCAGCCUUUCAACAAGAUCGAAUCCAGUCAAGUUGAAGCAACUUGGUUUGCCCUGAUUUGGAAUGAGAUAAUCCUCACAUUUAGGGAGGAAGACCUAAUUAGUGACAGGGAGGUUGAGCUGCUAGAGUUGCCGCCUAAUUGUUGGAAUAUUCGGGUUAUCCGUUGGCCGUGUUUCCUCCUUUGCAAUGAGCUCCUGCUUGCUCUAAGUCAGGCAAACGAGCUCUGUGACGCUCCUGAUCGCUGGCUUUGGUCAAAAAUCUGUAGCAGUGAGUACAGGCGUUGUGCUGUUAUAGAAGCUUUUGAUAGCAUCAAGUUUGUGAUUCUUAAAAUUGUUAAAAAUGGCACAGAGGAAGAAUCCAUACUGAACAGGUUGUUUAUGGAGAUUGAUGAAAAUAUGGAAAACGAAAAGAUAACUGAUGUAUAUAAGCUGACGGUACUACUUCGGAUUCAUGAAAAGCUGAUAUCACUUCUUGAGCGUCUGAUGGACCCAGAAAAGAAAGUAUUCAGGAUCGUGAAUAUACUGCAAGCUCUGUAUGAACUCUGUGCAUGGGAGUUUCCAAGAAUUAGGAGGAGCACUCCGCAGUUACGACAGCUUGGCUUGGCACCCAUUAGUUUGGAUGCAGGCACUGAAUUGCUGUUUGUCAAUGCCAUUAAUCUCCCUCCUCUUGAUGAUGUUGUCUUUUAUAGGCAGAUUCGUCGGGUCCAUACAAUUCUUACUUCUAGAGAUCCAAUGCAUAAUGUGCCAAAGAAUCUUGAGGCCAGAGAGCGUCUUGCUUUCUUUAGCAACUCUCUCUUUAUGAACAUGCCCCAGGCUCCCAGUGUAGAAAAGAUGAUGGCUUUCAGCGUGUUGACUCCUUACUAUGACGAAGAGGUGAUGUAUCGACAAGAAAUGCUCCGAGCUGAGAAUGAGGAUGGAAUAUCUACCCUAUUCUACCUUCAAAGAAUCUAUGAGGAUGAAUGGGUGAAUUUUGUGGAGCGGAUGCGUAGAGAGGGAGCAGAAAAUGAGAAUGAUAUUUGGUCGAAGAAGGUUAGAGAUCUUCGCCUCUGGGCUUCAUAUAGGGGACAGACGUUGUCCAGAACAGUGCGAGGGAUGAUGUAUUAUUAUAGUGCCUUGAAGAAGCUUGCCUUUCUUGAUUCUGCUUCUGAAAUGGACAUCAGGAUGGGAACUCAGAUUGCUCCUGAGGCACCCCGUUCUUACUACACAAAUGAUGGUGGGGAUAACACACUGCAGCCAACACCUUCUCAGGAAAUCAGCAGAAUGGCUAGUGGUAUAACCCAUUUGCUUAAAGGGUCUGAGUAUGGGAGUGCAAUGAUGAAAUUCACAUAUGUUGUGGCAUGCCAAGUUUAUGGACAGCAUAAAGCAAGGGGGGACCAUAGAGCUGAGGAGAUUCUGUUCCUGAUGAAAAAUCAUGAGGCUCUCCGUAUUGCAUAUAUUGAUGAGGUCAUCUUGGGAAGGGAGGUCGAGUACUACUCGGUUCUUGUGAAAUUUGAUCAACAACUUCAAAGAGAGGUCGAGGUCUAUCGUAUCAGACUACCAGGCCCCUUGAAGCUUGGCGAGGGAAAACCAGAAAACCAAAACCAUGCUCUAAUCUUUACACGAGGAGAUGCGAUUCAGACCAUUGAUAUGAAUCAAGAUAACCAUUUUGAGGAGGCUCUUAAGAUGAGGAACUUGUUGGAAUCAUUCAAGACUACCUAUGGCAUAAGGAAGCCCACUAUUCUUGGAGUCCGUGAGAAAGUUUUCACUGGUUCGGUAUCUUCACUCGCAUGGUUCAUGUCUGCUCAGGAAACAAGUUUUGUAACCUUAGGACAGCGUGUUCUUGCCAACCCACUGAAAGUGAGGAUGCAUUAUGGUCAUCCGGAUGUAUUUGAUCGGUUUUGGUUUUUGCCUCGGGGUGGAAUUAGCAAGGCCUCAAGAGUUAUAAAUAUCAGUGAGGAUAUAUUUGCUGGAUUCAAUUGUACUUUAAGAGGUGGGAACGUGACACACCAUGAAUACAUUCAGGUAGGCAAAGGAAGGGAUGUGGGUUUGAAUCAGAUCUCUAUGUUUGAAGCCAAGGUAGCGAGUGGUAAUGGUGAGCAAGCAUUGAGCAGAGAUGUAUACAGGCUAGGUCACAGGCUGGACUUUUUUAGAAUGCUCUCUUUCUUCUACACAACGAUUGGCUACUACUUCAACACAAUGUUGAUAAUAUUUACAGUUUAUGCAUUCUUGUGGGGUCGGCUUUAUCUAGCACUUAGUGGUGUUGAGAAAAUAGCAAAGGAUAGGAGUAACAGCAAUGAAGCUCUUGCUGCAAUCUUGAAUCAACAAUUUAUUAUUCAGCUAGGACUUUUCACUGCACUUCCAAUGAUUCUUGAAAAUUCUCUGGAGCGUGGGUUUCUUCCAGCGAUUUGGGACUUCAUAACAAUGCAGCUGCAACUUGCAUCGUUUUUCUACACGUUUUCCAUGGGAACUCGAACCCAUUACUUUGGCCGGACAAUACUCCAUGGUGGAGCCAAGUAUCGUGCAACUGGAAGAGGGUUCGUAGUGGAGCAUAAGAAAUUUGCCGAGAACUACAGAUUGUAUGCUCGAACUCAUUUCAUCAAGGCUAUUGAGCUCGCGAUUAUUCUGUUGGUAUAUGCGGCUUAUAGCCCAUUGGCUAAGAGUUCGCUUGUUUACAUACUGAUGACGAUAUCGAGCUGGUUCCUUAUUACAUCUUGGAUUAUUUCUCCAUUUCUGUUUAACCCGUCUGGUUUUGACUGGCUCAAAACAGUGUAUGAUUUUGACGAUUUCAUUGCGUGGCUAUGGUCUAGAGGCGGGUUGUUUACGAAAGCAGAUCAGAGUUGGUUUACGUGGUGGAAUGAGGAACAAGAGCAUCUCAAAACAACCGGAGUGUGGGGGAAACUGCUUGAGAUUAUACUUGAUCUUCGCUUCUUCUUUUUCCAGUACAGUAUUGUGUACCAUCUUCGCAUCGCAGAGAAGCGGACCAGUAUUGGGGUAUACUUGAUUUCUUGGGGAUGCAUCAUCGGAAUUGCUGCGAUAUACAUCACAACAAUCUAUGCUCAGAAGAAAUAUUCUGUCAAGGAGCAUAUUAAAUACCGAUUCAUUCAGUUCUUAGUAAUCGUCCUCACGGUUCUUGUGGUCGUGCUGAUGCUGCAGUUCACUAAACUUACAGUUGUUGAUUUGUUGAUUAGUCUCUUGGCUUUUGUUCCCACAGGCUGGGGAUUGAUUUCCAUAGCUCAAGUAUUGAAACCGUUUCUGUUAUCAACAGUGGUUUGGGACACAGUAAUCUCUGUUGCUCGCCUUUACGACCUCUUCUUUGGGCUGAUAGUUAUGGCUCCAGUUGCAUUGCUUUCAUGGUUGCCCGGUUUUCAGAAUAUGCAAACACGGAUUUUGUUCAAUGAAGCUUUUAGCAGAGGGUUACAGAUCUCUAUCAUUCUCGCUGGCAAAAAAUCCACUUGAAGCAAAUAAAGAUUUGCAGAAUUCUUAAUUUUGUUGAAGAUUAACUGGUCUGGGAAGGUUUAAGACAUUAUAGGAGCUAUAAGUCGAAGAUAUCAUUCUCUCUGGCAAAAGAAUUCACUUGAAGUAGCCAGGUUUGAUAUCCUCCUCCACUUUUUUGCGGCGCUGCACCAGCUUACGGUAGCAAGGCUAGGGUGUUUGCAUUUUGAAGUUGACCUUGGUUAGGCGUGUUUGUAAACGUAGGGUUCUUGAUUUGGUGAGAGGUUAAUAUUUAGGGGCUUUAAAAUGAAGAUAUGUUUCAGGCUGCACCAUUUGUUUCGGUCUUGUACAGAUCUGACUCUUGCUUUAAACACUCUUUUGCACAUAUUUUUUCCUUGUGGAGAAUCUUUUUUUGUCAUUCACUUUUUUCUUUUUUUCUUUACAGAUUCUCAAAUCGUUUGUCGUGUUUUGAUUCAGAUUUAUUGCUUAAUCCACGAGAAUUAUUUCUACGGUAA